AUGGUCUCAGGAGCUGAAACUGAAAGAUCGCUGUAUGUUCACCAACUGGAAUUAAAAUCAAAACGUGAAACAAGCGAGAGACCUGAGCGCUCGCCUUCCCUGCGCUCGGCUGGGUCAAAUUUCAGCCCACCUUCUUCAAGUCCUUCCCUGCAGGACCUCGACGUUCCCUUCCCCCUCCCGCCACGUGAAUCCUGCCCAGAUCCCGAGUCAGUGCUGACCACCGCCGCCUCAGCUCCGUCAGGCUCCAACUGGCUCUGGGGCAGCCUUCCCCACUGGAAACAAGAAGUCCAGGAGAUCGGGAGCAGCUCUGGCCCGUCUACCUCUGGCACUUGCACAGCCCCUGGACCUCGGGGGAAGCCUCGCUGUUUCCACCCUUGUCUUCCUGCAGCAUUCCCUUCACACAGCAGCCAAGGUCCCGACAAAGAGCAUCAGGGAAUCCCGGAGGCUGGAAGGUGGAAGAGAGAACACGGACCCUGGAGUCAACCAGCACUGUGCGCCUCUGCACGCUCGUCUGCAGGAUCAAGUGGAUUGAAUGUGAUAACGCAAAGUGCCUUACACACAGUAGGACAAGAAAUACCAGAACCAACUGUGGUCAUCCGCAAGGCACCAGCCUUUCUGGAACUGAAAAAUAAUAACGGUGGUUAAA